CAAAUAUUCACUUUUCUUCGCUGAUUCUGUUUUCUCCCGCCAAAGCCGAAAGCUUUCGAAGCAAAAAGCACGAAACUUUGACCUGUUUUGGUGUCAGGGGAGAAAUGGAGGCGUUCGAUAAGAUAAAGGUGACCAACCCAAUUGUCGAAAUGGACGGAGAUGAAAUGAAUGGGGUGUUCUGGACAUGGAUAAAAGACAAGCUUAUUUUUCCCUUCCUGGAGUUGGAUAUCAAGUACUUCGACCUUGGGAUUCUUAAUCGCGAUGCCACCAAUGAUAGAGUCACAAUUGAAAGUACCGAAGCUACUCUUAAGUACAAUGUAGCAAUAAAGUGUGCAACUAUAACUCCAGAUGAAACUCGUGUGAAGGAGUUCAACUUGAAACAGAUGUGGAGGAGUCCAAAUGGGACCAUACGGAACAUUUUAAAUGGGGUACUGUUUUUAGAGAACCUAUUCUGCAGAAAUGUUCCCCGUCUUGUUCCAGGUUGGAUAAUGCCAAUAUGUAUUGGGAGACAUGCUUUUGGUGAUCAGUACGAAGCAACUGAUGCAAUCGUAGAAGGACCUGGAAAACUUAAAUUGGUUUUUGUACCUGAUGGGCCCAAUGAGAAGACAGAGUGGGAGGUUUACAGAUUUACUGGCGCUGGAGGCAUAGCUUUGUUCAUGUAUAACACGGACGAGUCUAUCCGUGCUUUUGCUGAGGCUUCCAUGGACACUGCGUACCAGAAAAAGUGGCCACCUUAUCUUAGCACUAAAAAUACUAUUCUGAAGAAAUAUGAUGGAAGAUUCAAGGACAUCUUCCAGGAAGCUUAUGAAGCCCAUUGGAGAUCAAGAUAUGAAGCUGCAGGGAUUUGGUAUGAGCAUCGUCUUAUUGACGACAUGGUUGCUUAUGCUCUCAAAAGUGAAGGAGGUUAUGUUUGGGCAUGCAAAAAUUAUGAUGGGGAUGUGCAAAGUGAAAAUGGGUCCGGACCUCCUGCGGGAAUGAUUUGGAAGAUCCAAAAUCAAAAAUAGUGGUAUUUGCUAGCAACAACAUAAUGGAGGCAGUCAAUCAAUAUAGAUUGAUCCGAAAUCCUUUCCUAUUUCUUCUAGUCGUAGGGUUAAAACCAAAAAAUAUUUAUUGCUUUCUUGAUGACAUUAAGUUCUUUCAAAAUUGACUAUCUGUCCCUCUGUUAGAAGUGUUCCAGAAAUGUCUGCGAUUGAGUAAAUAGCUCUACGAACGAAUAUAGCCCGAGGUCUGUAUUUACUUUUGUUAGUCUGUGAGUUAGUAUUCAACUAUUUCUCUUUUUAACGUGUGGUGCUGCUUUUGUUGGAAGCAAAUGCUAUUUCCUUGA